AUUACAGCAUCCGUCCAUCACAUGAGAUGCAAUGACACAUGAAAGUCUCUAUUUGAGCUUGCGUAGCCAAAGAGUCAGUGAGAGGUGGGUGAGGAGGAGGGGGGACGACAAGCAACGUAAGCCAAAGUAGCGAACACAAAGCAAAGCUAAAGAGAGAAAGAAGCGGCUGCUUCCCGUACAAUUCACGCAUAUCUUCCAAAGCCCAAGAGGCUAUCUCCCCACUUUCGCCAUGGACUACGGCCCCUCUUUGCCUUCUCCGUCACCGCCACUGCUUCUCCAACCCUUUCCAUUGGCGGUGGAGCCCAACCACCUCCCAUCUGACACUUCCUCCUCCUCCUCCCUAUCCUUCAGCCCGAGCCUCCUCAUCAUCGCCGCCAUCCUCGCCUGCGUCUGCGUCGCCUCCGUGUCUAUCCACCUCAUCCUCCGACUCCUCUUCUCCUCCCGCCGCUCCUCCUCUUCAUCCUCCUCCGUCGCUGCGGCGUCGCUCCUCGUCAGCUCACGCUCUGCCUCCGCCUCUGUCACGUCCACCGCUGACCCGAGCUCCGAUCCAGUGAAGUCGGCGCUGAUCGACUCCCUCCCCAUCUUCAAUCUCUCCUCCUCCCUCGCCGCCCUCCCCAAAUCCUCGCCGGACUGCGCCGUGUGCCUCCGGCCCUUCGGCCCCGAUGAGGACCUACGCCUGCUUCCCGCCUGCCGCCACGCCUUCCAUUCCGGCUGCGUCGAGCCCUGGAUCCGGAAAUCCCCUUCAUGCCCUCUCUGCCGCGCACCAGUCACCCUCCCGCCGCCGCCUCUACCCUCGGUUGCGUCGCACACGCCCUGCGAGGACCCCCCCAUGUCCCGAAGCUUCGACGUCGAGAUCGGCAGCGCUAGCAAUGGGACCCCGGGAGACGUCUUAUCCCGGAGAAACCCGUCCCUUCCUACACCGCAGUCGUCGUCGUCGCGCCACCAAACACACUCGAUCGGCUCGUCGUUCGACCACAUGAUGAACGAGGAAGAGGAGGACGUGGAGGCGGUAGUGCAUCGGAUACCUAGGCGACAGGACGCCGAUUCCGCUGCCUCAGGGCCCGUGGCGGCGGGGCCGUCAGGCGAAGGGUCGAGGGGGUGGCUGAUGGACUACGUGGACCGGCUCUCAUCGUCUUCGUUCCGGUUCUCCGGUCGUUGGAGCCACCUCUACGACGACGGCGGCGACCGGGAAUCCGCGGAACCGGAGGGAACCGCGAGGCGGGAGACGGAGGAGGAGGAGGAGGACGACGGCGGUGGCGGCCUGGCUGCUCUCUACAUGUAUGGUACCAAAUCGGGGUUGAUUCCAAAGUCGGCGUGACCCGAGUCUCCGAGGAUCGCUGGUGAACUAUGAUGACACCGAUGGAAUAGAGAAAUAUCAGAUUCGUCCAUGUCUAUUCUACCCUGUCAACUUCCUUUCAUCGAACCAACCCCACGGAGAGUUGGGAGAAGAAGAUAAUUGAGAUGUAACUUGCAAGUUAAGGACGUAAGUAAGGGAGUUGUUGAAACGGAACAAGAAACAAGUUCUAUUUUCAAUUUACAACAAGGAGAUUCAUGAGUUGACUUUGUGCUAAAGUCAACAGCAAAUUAUCAACUACCUGUUUACAAGGAGGUGACUAAGGAAUUUGCUAUAAGAAUUGAGUUACCAUGUCAAUCAGUGUAAUCGUAUGUAUAUAUAAGGUUUUUGGUUACUUAAUGUAUGUGUAACACUGAGUAGUCUAUUUGACCUUUGACCUUUGCUAGUUGAACCAGCUGUAGA